AUGCGUUUUGCCUACCUUCUGUUGGCCUUGCCAUACUUGUGCCUUGCCGCGCCCAUUAGCGAUUACGCUUCUAUUGAUGCCCGCGGGAAUGGCUGUGCACGCGGUAUUGACAGCGCUGAUUGUGGAGGACAUCAAGCUUACAAGCGAGAGGAGCUUGAUGCCCGCGGAAAUGGUUGCGCGCGGGGUGUUGACAGUGCCGAAUGUGGAGGACACCAGGCUUACAAGCGAGAGGAGCUUGAUGCCCGCGGAAAUGGCUGCGCGCGGGGUGUCGACAGUGCUGAAUGUGGAGGACACCAAGCUUACAAGCGAGAGGAGCUUGAUGCCCGCGGAAAUGGUUGCGCGCGGGGUGUCGACAGUGCUGAAUGUGGAGGACACCAGGCUUAUUGA